AUGGUGCUUGAGUCAUCAUCAAAAGUACUUCCACAACCUACUGUAUUUCUUUCCCUUUGCUUUGUCUUGGUCUCUGUCAUAUAUUCGUUCGCUACAUCGUAUGAACGAUUACCCACAACUAUACCAUGGAUAGGCAAGGACGCCAGCAAACUCUUUGCGGAGACCCGUGCGCACUUCGCAAGUUUUAGCCGUAUUAGACAAUGGCUUAAGAUUGGUUAUGACAAGUAUUCUUCGAAAGGCCAAGCAUAUAUAUUGCCAGAUUUUUCAGGAAAGCCAGAAGUUAUAAUACCAAACAGUGAAAUUCGUUGGUUGUUGGACCAGCCAGACACUGUCUUGUCUGCAGCUGCUCUGCAUUAUGACACACUUGCUGGAGCAUAUGCAUUCACGCAUCCUAGAAUUUUAAGAGAACCAUUCCACGAGCAUGUCGUCCAUCGUAACAUGGGCCGACGGAUUGGAGAUCUUAUAGAGGAUCUUUGGGAUGAGAUAGGUUGUGCAAUAGAUGAUACAUGGGGCAAAGACACAGGCAUUUGGAAAGAGGUGUGUGUUUUCGACAAUAUGAUGCACAUUAUAGCGCGGGCAUCGAAUCGCGUCUUUAUUGGCCUUCCGCUAUGUCGAAAUGAAUUAUACUUAAAGUCCAUGGAAGCUUUUACGGGCGACGUCAGCACGGCCAUCAUCUUGCUGCGUUUUGUUCCACGACUUCUAGAGCCUUUGAUCGGCAGGCUGAUAGGAUUACUCAGCAUGCACCAUUACAGACAAAGCGCUUCUUUGCAUCUACCCGUCAUCAGAGAACGACUUGAGAAUAUGGCUCGCAAGGAUACUCAACAAGACUUCGAAUGGGACGAGCCAAAUGAUUACCUCAAUUGGCAUAUUCGACUCGCCCAGAAGGAAGGAAAUAAAAUCGAGUUGGAGCCCGAGAUGAUCAGCAAAAGGCUAAUGCCAAUAAAUUUUGGCGCAAUUCACACAACCGUAUUCACGAUUACAAACUGUCUUUUUGACCUUCUGGCCUCCCAACCCUACGGUGAGGACAGGAAAACGCCCGUGGAGGUCAUUCGGGAGGAGGCUGAGGCAAGGUAUAAAGCGUGCAAUGGAAUUUGGUCUAAAGCAUCUGUAGCACAUCUUGUUUACACCGACUCGGCAAUACGAGAGUCCAUGCGUGUCUCUGGUUUCGUAACGAGGGGCCUGCAGCGAAAGGUGGUUGCGAAGGAUGGUUUAGAACACAAGGGUCUGGGAUUCAGACUGCCAUUUGGCUCGACUGUCUCUGUUGAUGCGCACAACAUCAUGCAUGAUACCCAGAUGUAUGAAAACGCAAAUUCCUUUGAUCCGUUUCGUUUUGCACGACAACGUGAACGAGAGGAUAUGUUGGUGAAAGAGCAGAGGAGAGAAUGGAAAACGGCUACUCUGGAGAGCAAGCAGCUGAGCUGCUCCUCGACUUCAGAGAAGUUUUUGACCUUUGGUCAUGGACGCCACGCGUGUCCUGGUCGUUUUCUUGUGUCACACGAACUCAAGUUGCUUUUGGCAUACGUCACUAUGCACUACGACAUUGAGUCGCUGGAGUCACGACCUCCAAAUACAUGGUUCGGUCAGCACAUCAUUCCGCCUAUGAAAGCCACAAUUCGCAUCCGAAGACGGGCGGAAGACACUCUUGGUUAAGAGUGGCGUUGGCUAUACAAUUUGUGCAG